AUGACGAGCGACGAGGGACUAUUGGACUGGGCACGAAUACCAGGAAAAGCCGUAUUUUCGUUAACAGACCUUGUGCCCUUUGCUCGUCUCGCUCGUUAUUCCAUUUGUUAUCGCCAAUUGUCUGCAUUGAACGUCUUGGAGCUUACUCUCCUUCUCGAUUGGUGUUCUUUGAGCAAGAAAGAAAUUCCGUGGGUGGACCCUGGAUUCCCAUUUGCGGGUUCAACAACUCCCCAACGAGAUUCGCCGCCGUGCGCCAAUAAUACCCCAGUCAGCAGCAGCUUUGAUCUCUUCCUGUUGGAACUAGAACGAAGAUUGGACUUUUUGGAAAGCUACGGCGAUUUGACCUUCGAUUCAAGCAUUUCUCGCGCUUAUGCGACGUUACAAGCUGUGCGGGCGAAAUGCUCGCAGGUGUCGGACGAGGUGAUCGGGGCUGGGAAGCAGAGGGCGAAGAUUAUGAUUGAGACCGUAGAAUCGAGGUAUCAGGAUGUGAUGGUCGCAAAGGAAACGCUGAAUGAGAAGGUGCAUAGUGGGAUUGCGUUGCUGGAUAGUAUCCUGGAGGAGUUCGAAACGAAGGCGUAUAAGAUCAAAGAGCAGGGGUUUGCGAGCACGGCUGGGAGUUUGAUGGAUGAGGGGAGGAGGGUGGUGGAUGGGGGUAUUGGAAGGGCGAAGGAGGUUAUUGAUGAGGGUGUUGAGAGGGCUAGGAAAGCUGCUGAGUCUCUGGAGGAACAUAUUGAAGCUGCGAUUACUCGCGCCAGAGAAACGGGACUGAUUCGAUAUGAGGACCUGCCAAUGCCUUGGAGGAUCAACCCACAUAUUGUCAAGGGAUAUCGAUUUACAGAAACCAAAGUCGAUUGUGUAAGAUCGAUGUUUAACAUCUCCAACGAGUCCGUCAACAUCUGGUCACACGCGAUCGGACUCCUCAUAGUCCUAGCCAUCGCCUUCCACUUCUACCCCUCCAGCGCCAACUUCUCUCUCAGCACCAACACCGACGUGUUCAUCGCCGCCGUCUUCUUCUUCGCCGCCUGCAAAUGUCUCGUCUGCAGCACCCUCUGGCACACCAUGAACAGCAUCACCGACCGCUGUCUCAUGGAACGCUUCGCCUGUGUAGACUACACCGGAAUCUCCCUCCUCAUCGCCGCCUCCAUCAUGACCACUGAAUACACCGCCUUCUACUGCGAACCCGUCAGCCGCUGGAUCUACAUGACCGCCACCGCUACCCUCGGCGUCGGCGGCGUCAUCCUGCCCUGGCAUCCCACCUUCAACCGCGCAGACAUGGCGUGGGCGCGCGUUGCCUUCUACGUUACGCUCGGAGCGACGGGCUUCGCGCCUGUUGCCCAACUUAACCUCACAAGAGGCGUAGACGCAACCCUUGAAUUCUAUGCACCUAUCUCGAAAUCCAUCCUCGUCUACCUCCUCGGCGCCUUCGUCUACGCCUCCAAGGUCCCGGAACGAUGGUGUCCCGGCGCGUUUGACUAUUUCGGGGGGUCCCAUAAUUUGUGGCAUAUUGCUGUCCUAGGCGGGAUUCUCUUUCACUACGUGGCGAUGCAGGAGUUCUUCGCGGGGGCUUUUAGGAGGGCGGAGAAUGGGUGUGCGUUGUUUUGA